CUUUCAUCAGCGGCUGUGUCCACAGUGUGGUGAAAUGGGCAUAAACAUAGAUGCAGCGGCAGGGCUCCGAACACACGGCGCGUUGUAUUUUCUGAAAUCACUUCCGGUAUCUCAAAGCAGAGCGUAUCCACUAGCAAACCAUCGCCGUAGCGAUGCCUCGGGUCCUGGCGCUGGGGGUCUUGGUGGUGGCGGUGUUGCUCGCUCAUGGGGACCAGGAGGCGGGGGAGAGCACCUCCACGGAUCUCCGGGGGCCGGCCGUCAGCCUGAUGGACAGGCUGACGGCCAGGCUGGACGACCUGCAGGCCCAGCUGACGGAGCAGAGCUCGGUCCUGGAGGAGCUGAAGAGGGAGAGCCGAGGGCGUCCACAAGUGGCCUUCUCGGCUUCCAUAUCGACGCCGCCUCAGGAAAACCUGGGACCCUUUGCAAAUGAGACUAAACUAGUCUUCAACAAGGUCCUCACCAACAUCGGCGAUGCCUACAGUCCCGAUACAGGGGUCUUCACAGCGCCCGUGAAAGGCGUCUACUACUUCCGAUACACGGGGUACAGCCGGGCGAUGAAACCCAGCGGUCUCAGCAUAUUCCACGCCGGUCGGCGGGUGGUGUCCACGUACAAGUACAGCAACCAGGCCAGCUACGACAACGGACACUCCUCCAACGGCGUGACGCUGCUGCUGGCGGCCGGAGACUCGGUCCACAUGCAGCUGUGGGUCGACAGCUGGGUGUUUGUGGACCGUCGCUACAACUACUGCUCCUUCACCGGGUUUCUGCUGUUCCCUAUGUAACAUCGCCCCCCUCAGGAAGCUCGAAGACAGUGCAGCUUAAAUGUUUACCGUGGAUACCGCUGGAAUUGCUGCGACCGUCUAUUAAUUUAUUUGUCUCUUUAAUCGGAUUAGGCCGCCUGGUGCAGACUGAUAGCGAGGAUCAAUUGUUUUUAUGACGACAACUUAAAUAAAAAUGGCCCUUUUCACUCUUC